CACCCAGCCUGGGCACCUGGGCCUCUUCCUCUUUUUUCAGUCCAAAAUGCUGCUGCUUUUCCUCUGAGGUAUGUGCUGUCCACUCUUUUGCCUUUUCACACUGGUGUGUUUAGUAUCUACACCUGGAAGUACUACAAUCCUGCACACCUUGUGUCUUUCUGUUCAUUCCUAGUUCAUCCUGGGUUGGAGUUUUGCAGGCUGUCUCAGAUGAUUAUUGCAUUAUCAUGCAUGCUUCUUUGUUACCUGUGUCUAACACUACACUUUACACAAAGGAAAUGUAGUUUGUUACACAAAAAACACAGUGUGCACUGAAGUGGUGGCUUGAUUCACACAUUUGGGAGGGAGUGUAAGUUCCCUUUGCACUGCUGAGAUUUGUCUCCAGUUACCAAAUGCCUGGAAUUAAUCAAGUGUAGCUGCAGCUUUCAUAUUAACUUCCUUGGAGAAAAGGGCUGACAAGAAAGCCAUCUUCCUAACCGAUACUGGGGUUCUGGCUUUAAAGGCAUGGAGAUCCAGGGAAGCUGUCCAUGGUCAGUCCAAGGCAAGCUCUCAUCUGCAAUCCAUGCUGUGCUUCAGUCACUGUGUAGUGAAGGUGCUUCACACACAGGCUGAUAAAAUAAUGAGAUGCUUUCUCCAGUUGCUCUCCCUACUUUGGUCUUAGCUAGGAAUAUGGACAUAAUAUUUUUUGUCAGAUAUUAAGUAUUUGAAAACCUUGCUUCUAGUCCUCUAGCUUUAAAUAUUAUGCCUCUCUGAGAUUUUGCUAAAACCACACCCCACCUUUUUUGCAAAAGGCCCAAGGUAAAAAACUUCACACUCGCCUUGGAAAAGCGCCGGCUUUCAGCGCGAAAGCUGGGACUGUUCCUUUAAACACAACCCCAAUAUGUCUGGGUAUUUCAGCACAUAUGGGCCACGGUGCUUAAACCCUACCCAGCUGGUCCGGCCGUUCUGCCGCGCAGCUCCGUCUUUGUUCGUGGCUCAGAGGGAGGGUGGUGAGAGACGGAGCAAGCUGUGAGUGCUGCGGGUUGCCAUCCCGCACGGGCGGGCUGCGGCCGAGCGGGAGGAGCGGGGCACGUCCCGCCCGAGGGGACAGGGGCUCUGCGAGACAUUCUCCGUGGGGGAGACGAUGUCCUUGGAAGCAGGAACUCGAAGGAGCCUUUAAACCGCCCGCAGGCACUUUGUUCUCUAUUUUCUGCCCUGCUCUCCCUUCCCCCUCCUGCCUUUUGUUGUUGCUCAGGCUGGCUCUAACACGAGUCCCUUCAUCCCCCAUGGGGACAGCCCCUUUCAGAGCAUGGCGUGGAUUCCUGCAAACGCAGGGAGGGAUGUGGAGUGGGAAGGCUCUGGUGCAGAAUAUUCCUUGCCAGGGGAAGAUGAGAGGUUUCCUUCCCUUUGGAGGCCCAGAACCACCUCGUGGUGGCAGUUUUGUGGGGAAUCGGUGUUGGUGCUGUUGGUGACUGGGGCAUCUCUGGAGCUGGAGGUGUGUGAGCUCGGGUGGGUGGCUGAUACCCAGCCAGGGCAGGGGCUCACAUCCUGCCUCUCCUGCCAGGCAGGGGGGUGCUGGUGGGAUGCUCCUGAUCUCUGGCUGCCCCCAGGAAGCCCCUGCCACCUGCGCAGGGCAGAGGGGCUUUGCUUUGCUUCGUUUUUUCUUCCUCAUGUGCAGCCUAAAUACCUUCUUAAUAUCAUCUCAUUAUUUCCUGCCUAAAUAAUUCCUGUUUCUCCUGGGGACUGUUUUUAAACCUUUGAUCUUCUCUGAAGUCUCACAGUCCUGAUCACGUCCUUUCUGUUUAAAUGAAUCAAAUGCCUUUUUGACUCAUGAUUUAUAAAUUUGCCCACAGAGCAACAGAGGCACACCUUGAAAUCACCCACCAUGUCAGUGGCUGGAGCAGAAGUACCCUGGGUUGAUCCAGAGCACCUCCAGCCAGACCUCCGUGCCUGGCUCCUCUGCUUCCCUGCUGCAUGUCACUCUCCCCCUGCCUCCCUCCACCCUCCCACACGACUCUUCAGCUGACAGCAGGCUUGCCUGGGCUCAGGCCCAGCCUGGAAUGGCCAUCCCCGGGUCAGGAGAAGGGUGAAUGUGCCGCUGGUUGAUGGAUGCUGUCCCCUGGGAGCGGGGCACAGCUGCUGUGCUGCAUGGCCCUGGCCCCCCAUCUCCCGGGAUUGCUGAUGCAGAGCACAGCUAAGGGCAGGGAGAGGAGCAGCUGAGCAGGGACCGGGCUCCUGGGCACUGGCUUGGUGCUGAGGCAGUGGUGGAAAGGCUGGAAGACUGUGUUGGCCAGGAUGGAUGUGAUGAGGAUAAACGUGUUGCUCCAUAGUGCAGCGAUGCAGAAGUCGGGGAGCACUUUGUUCCUGAGCCCAGGGAAUGGUGGCUGGGAGGGCUGAGCACUCCUCUUGGAUGAGCCAGGGUUGUGGCAAUGGAAAGUACCCGGGAGAGGCCCCUGUGCCAUGGCCAGACCUCGCCUGCCUCUUUGCUGUGUGGGCCCACACUUGUUGACAAGGACAGACCUCCUCUCCAAGGCAUUCGGGAAGCAGCUAAUUAAGCUCUGUAAUGUUCCUGGGAGGUCAGCAGGAGAUGUGCCAGCCUUGCAGCAUCUCCCAGAGCCUGCACUGGGGUAGGAUUUUUCCGCAGUGCCCAGGGACAGGGGGAGCUGCCCUGCUCCUCCUCAUUCCAUUGUGCUCUUAGUCCUGGUGCUGGCGGGGUGGCACAGUGCUCAGUGCCCCAGGACAGAACCCAAUGUUCCCUGCCUCAGCUGGGCUCAGGAUAGAGGGCUCCUGGCUGGGAUGUCCCACAGCUCCCAGCAGCCCUCGGCAUGGCUCCAGCAAGGCUGGGCAGUGGGGAGAGAGCCUGUACAAAUAUUAUUGUUGUUGUUAUUCCCCAUAAAUAUAUGCAGGCACUUAACGACCUUGGCAUGGAGCACUUCCUGGGGAUUCAUGACCAGUGGGUGUUAAUGGUCUUUAGCUGCACCUCAGGCCAUCAGCUCCUCCCAGCCCAUCAUUAAUCCACAGGAAAUGUCUUGGGCAUCGAUCCUCAUUGCUUAAUUAAUAAAUGCAACUUGUCUCCUGCCUGAGAUUUAGAGAUACUCACUGCUUCUCUCCCUGCUGCUUUGAAGGUGACUUUUUUAGCACAGGUCCCUCACGCUGGGAGGCCCUGGUGGGAUUUUGUUUCCUGGCAUUCAUGUGGGUGUGGGCUGUGGCAGCAGGAAAGUCUCUCCUGGGCGGGAGGGAAGGAACUGAGCCACUGUUGGGUUUGGGGUUUCUCCAGCUAAUGUGGCACAGCACAAGGAGCACAUCUUUCCCACCAAACCCAAAGGCUUGCUUACCUUCAGCUGAGAGCAUCCAAGAGCCUGGGCGAGAAGUAGCGUGAGCCAGCAUGGAAGAACGUGGCAAUUCUCCAAGGCCUUAGCAGGUUCUAUAAUAAUCGAUGUUUUUUGCCCAUGAGUCACAAUUCAUCUCUAAUCUUCCUCGGGGGAGGUGGGAUUUGCUAUCUUUAGUGCUCACGACUGCUGCUUUCCCGGGCUGAGCAUCCCGCUGAGCCUGGACUCCUGCUGCAGGGAUGCUGACCUGGCAGCCGGCUGCGUUUCAAUCCUGCUCCCUGUUUCUCUAGCCCUCACCACCAGCUGGCUUUGUGCAGUGGGUGCCGCAGUAUAAAUCAUGUUAAUUCCUGAGAUGCUUUUCCGCGACAGCUCCAAAAGGAUGCUCGGGCACUGGUGAGGGGAGAUUUGCCUGCUGGAGGAUGGGGUGCACAGGGCUGGGCUGUCUGGCAGCCCUGGCCGUGCUCUGCAGGGCUCUCGGGGAUGCUCCGAGCAGAGGCAUCAAAUGUGGGGGAGUACUUUCAGCACCCUCUGGCAAUUUCUCCAGCCCCAACUUCCCGGGGCUGUAUCCCUACGAGACAGAGUGCACGUGGCUCAUCGUGGUGGCCGAGGGCUCCUCCGUCCUGCUCUCCUUCAGCCACUUCGAGCUGGAGUAUCACGACACCUGCGCCUACGACUACCUCCAGGUCUACAACGGGGCUGCCCGGGACCAGGGCAACCUCCUGGGCACCUUCUGUGGCCACAGCCCCCCGCCACCCUUCUCCUCAGCCUGGCACGUCAUGGCCGUGGUCUUCCGCUCCGACCGGCACGUGGCCAAGCACGGCUUCGCCGCUGCCUACAGGAAAGACGCCUGCGGUGGGCAGCUGACGGGGCUCUCUGGGGAGAUCACCAGCCCCCGCUACCCCGAGAGUUACCCCAACGACGCCGAGUGCCGCUGGAGCGUCGGGGGGCCCAGCGGUGGUGGCCCCCUCACCCUGGUGUUCGCUGACUUCCAGAUGGAGGGGGGCCAGGGCUGUGGCUUUGACUACGUGGCCCUUUUUGAUGGCCCCAGCGUCGCUGCCCCCAGCCUGGGACGUUACUGCGGCAGCGCCCGCCCGCCCCGCACCGUCUCCUCCACCCCACACCUCCUCAUCAUCUUCAAGUCGGACUUCAACAUCGGUGGCAGGGGCUUCAAGGCCCACUUCUACUCGGGCGAGUGCCAGGAGGUGUUCACCACCAUCAAGGGGAAUUUCUCCAGCCCUCAGUACCCCAACUUCUACCCCAACAACCUCAAGUGCCAGUGGAGCAUCCAGCUGCCCCCGGGCUACCGGGUCAAGGUCUUCUUCCUGGACAUGGAGCUGGAGGGCCGGAGCAGCCUGACGGGAGGCUGUGACUAUGAUCACCUGUCUGCCUUUGAUGGUGGCACGGAGGACGGAUCCCUGCUGGGCCGGUGGUGCGGGCGGGAGAGCCUGGCACCCGUCACCUCCCGCAGCAACCAGCUGCUCCUGCUCCUCCACACCGACCGCAACACGGCCAAGAGGGGCUUCUCCAUCUCCUACGUGGGAGUUGUGCCCAUGAACGUCAGCUGCACCCGGACAGACUUCCACAUCCAGAUCCCUGUGCAGUCCCUGGCCCAGCUGGAGAGGAAUAGGAUUUAUUUGGGAACGCCCUCCUGUACAGCCCAGGUGGUUGGCAGAACCUUUAAAAUACACACCAGGUUCGACACCUGUGGCACUGAAUCCCAGAGACGCAACAACACGUCUGUCAUCGUCAGCACCCUCUACAUUGAUUUUUCAGUGGGAGACCAGGAGGACAUCCACCAGUACGAGGACUCACCUGAGCGCCUCAGCCACCAGCAGCUGGAGGGGAGGAGAACAAUCCUCUUCUCCUCUGUGCUUUCCUCCUUUCCAGCAUAUCCAGGUAUCCACAGCUGUGAACUCUCUACCAGCAUUACUCAUGAAGUGUGAAAAUGUGGGCAAAUCCUGCUAUGGCCUGGGGAGAUGUUGGAGUGUGGAGGUUUUGGUAACCCUGUAAAGACAACCUUGGCAGGAGGGGCUGGGACCUCAGUGACACCAGAUCUCCAUUCGUGAUCCCUGCAGAAGGUGAGUUCAGCACCUGAGAACACGAAAAGAAGAGUCCUGUGAUCAUCUGCCCCUCCAGAAAACUGGGGAUCCUCACCAAGAGCCCUAAUGGCUGAAUGACUUCUGCCUGCCUCUUGUGCCACCGCAGCACAAAGGACAUUCCCCUUCAGCAUCAGAGGGGAUGGCUGUCACAGAGCAGCCUCUGUUCAUCCCUCUGGGCCAGAGCCAGUGCAUGUCAAAGCCACAUGAAAUCUUGCUAUGGAAGGAGGCCACCCCUCCUCCUCCGGCCUUUGUGAAACACUGCAGUGCAGGGAGAGAUCCUAAAGUAUCCCAGUGUGGUCAUUCAGGGGCACAGUGCUGUUUGGUCCAGCAUUUAGCAGGGACUGGUAGGAGAGUGCCAUGGUGAAAGGCUGCCCUGACUGAUGUCCUGCUUCCCUCUGGGACAGCUCUGUUCAUCAGGGCACCAGAGGAAGCAGCAGCAAAGGAAUGGGAUGAUGACGGAGCAGCUUUUCCUGCUGGAUUGCUCCAGCCCUGAGAGAGUGUGUGGGGUUGGGGCUGCGCAUGCCUCCUAACGAGGAGCCUUCGUUAUCAGAGCCCGCAUUGAUUUGGCGUUUGUUGGUGCAACACAUCGGCAAAUGCGAGAUUUCCAGGGAAAUAUUUGCCAGCACUGUUAAGCUCCAUUAAGGGAAUGUUUUGAGAGCCUGUUGUGUGCAGAGAUGGUAAACAAGGCCAGCCUCCCCCGCUGCUUGCAAAGCCUCACUGCCGGUUAAUUGCUGGGUACAGAACUGUCAGCUUGAGACCAUAGUUACAAGAUUUGACAAGUGAAAGAAACUUAAAGAUAUAAUUAACCUUCUUGGUGGCCCAGAUUGUGCUGAAACAGGUGAGCAGUGUGGCUGCUGGUGCCUGGCAGGGAGCCCACAGCACCCAGCAGCAUCCAGCCCUUGCCUGUAGGACAGGCACUCCUUGCCCAGCUGGAGCCUCCAGAACCCUGUGAUUUACAGGGGAAAAAGGCUUUUCUGGCUAUCUGUUGGUGUUGCACUCAAAUAAGGAGCUGGACCUGGUCACCCCAGGGAGGGUUUCCAGCUCUGACUCCAGUUCACAGCCACCCAAGCAUCCCUGGAUGAAAUGCUCCCCUGCACACAUCCCUGUGGACGCAGGACUGGUGCCUUUGGAGCAGCUUUGAGUCAAGGGAUCCCCAGCAGUCCCAGGCCUGCAGGGUGUUAUCCAGGGGUCAUGGACAGGGUGAUUAAUGCAACUUGAAUGGCUCCAAAAGCCCUUUACCCACUUGUUUCUGAUGGUGUUCACAGCUGCAUCUGCCACCAUCAGUGAGCCAGUCAUCUCACUAGGAGUGAGGAAAGUGUCUGGUGCUCACCAGACACCAGCCCUCAGCCUCCAGUGCUCCUCCUCCAUGUCUCAGCCUCUCCACUAGAUUUAGGCAUCCAGUAUCUCCCUGCCCUGCAGGAAUUUGCUCUCCAGCAUCCCCUGUUAAACCAGGUCUUCCCUGAUGUACUGCACUGGCUGGGGAUGGAGCCCAGCAGGGGAGGGGACUGCCCAGGUAAUUUCCUGGAAAAAACCCUUCUUCUCAGGCAAAAGCUGCUCAGAUGAGUGGCAAACAGAUACCAGGAACCCAUCAGCAGCCCUCCUUCCCUCCACCAUGCCUGUGGUCCUCACAGUUCCCCUCCUUAGCCUUUGCCCGGUGCUUCCCGAGCAAGCGGGGGAGCGGCGGGCACGGGCAGUGCUCCCGUGGCUCAUCUGAUUAUUUAUUUACAGCACGAUGGCUGGAUGCAGCCUCCCCAUUUCCUGGCUUUGCUUGUAGCAGUUGUGUCUCUCCAAAGCAAAGGCUGGGCUGUUGUGCGGGAGGGAGAGCCUCUGUUAUCCCUCUGCAAACGUCUGCCUGCAAAUCCAGUGAAGAACUGUUGGAAAAUUGGAGAUCAUAAAAAACACAGGACUGCAAGGGCCCCCAGGGGAUCAGUUGGUUCAUUCCUCUCCUUCCCUGGGGAGAUGGCUCCUACUGGAGAGAAGCUGUGCUAAAAUAUCUGAAAAAUCUCAGCCAUGCGCUCUGUGUUUUCUCUAUUUACCAGGAAGGUUUUCCUGAUGUGUCACACUGAGGAUGUGCUGCUGGGGGAUGUGCUUUUGUGCUGCUGCACUGCACAAGAGAAUGAUGGUGGAAGUGCCCCAAAAUGGGCACUGCUCCCUCUGCCCAGAGACCCUGGGCAGGACUGGGCAUCCCACUGGGGAGCCCAGCAAGCACAGGGUGUUGUGAUCCACCCCUUCCCAGGCAAUUUAUCCUUUGUAAUGUUCACUGGAAGUUUUCUUUGGUGACAGCCAUGGGUGGACCUUCCCCCACUGCUCUGCUCAGAGGGUGAUUUGUGUAUUUUCAGUUUUUAUACUCUAAUCCCAGUCUGGGAAUGAGGUGCUUGUGAUUUCCAGUGAGCAAGUGCUGGAGCUGAGCCCAUGACUGAGGAGCUGGGGGUGUGCAUCCUCUGCAUCCUCUCCUCAAACAUUUUUGGGUAAUUUAGCAGGGACUGGCCCUUGGGCAAGCACAAGGCUGGGAAAACCACUCCUCAGAGUGGUUUUCUUGGGGGUUGGUGUGUAAGGCCAGGAAGCCACCAGCCACUUUUGCCAUCGAGCCAGUCAUGCCUCCCCAGGGGCUUGGAUGGGUCAGUGGCUGUGGUUUUGUGCUGGGAAGGAGGGAGCUCACAGGUACCUGUCACCUGGCCACAGUGACACAGAGCCUGCCACGAGGGUGUCCCUGUCCUGGGGAUCCAGGUACCUGCUGGAGAGCCUGGCCACAGUGGCACAGAUGAGGAGGCAGUAGUCAGGCAGCCCAGCCAUCUGGGAGAACAUAAUGGAUCAAGCAUAUGGACAAUUAAAAAUGCAAUGACGGCAUUUAGCAGGAGCUGUUUUCCAAGCUUAUUUUAAGCCCAGUUUCCUGAUCAUCACAGCCCCAGGGACAGCGAGGCCCUGCUCGUGGGGGUUUGGGUGUGUGGAGGCUGAGUGCUCCAUGAUGGGUGGAAGAGCUCACAGCUGGAUUUUGAGCCUAUACUCAUGGCUUUGGGGGCACAGAUUUGAUCCUGCCUUCUCCCUCUGACUGGCUCUGCUUGUUGCAGCUCUCCUCCUCCUCUUCCCUCUCUCUGGGACAGGAUGCAGUGUUUGCAAUGUGAACAUUCCAGCUCAGGCAAAAUAUUGGCCGCAGCAGAAAUUAUUUUGGCUUUUGUAUUUUUCUUGCCAUUGGGGCUGGCUGUGCUAGAGGAACAGUGUUUGUCCAUUAAAGGAGCACCCUUUAUAGCAAGAUAACUGCUUGCUAGAUAAUAAUAUAUAAUUAGCAAGGAUCAUUCCAUAAUCUAGUUUAAUUGACAGAGACCAUGGGUGUUGUCAGGGGACUGCCAGCACAAGAACUGGAGCACCAUUAAUUGCAGUGUAACCCUGGCAUGGGCUUCCCUGUGUUUUGCUUACUGUGCUAUGUUGUGCCUCAGUUUCCCCUUCUGUGAGGUGCCAGUUCACCCAUCUGAAUGCUGUGCCCUGCAUGGAGGAGCAAGGUUUUGCUGGUUGUGGUCGCCUGGGCUGGGGAAUUCCCUCAUGUGUUGCCCUCCCUCUAGCUCUUCUUUUCUGCUUCCCUCACUCCUCCACUGCUCCAGCCUCCUAUUUCUGCUCCAUAACAUACCCUGGGAGGGAAGUUCCUGGAGUAUCCUUUGGGCUCCAAGGAUUUCUGUGGCUUCUGUGGCAUUUCCUUGCCUUAAAGUCUUUUAAUCCAGGGCCAGUUUAGCCAACCCUUCAUAUUACAGGGCUGCCAGGGAAGCAAAUGAGAUCUAAAAGUUUGGGUUCUUUGUGAAGAAACCUUUGAAGAGCCUCUUGAAAGAUGAAAACUGGUGAGCUGCUGAGCUCUCUCUUUCCAAAGGACAGGGAGGGUCUUGUCUACUCCCAUCUUCUUUCACCCAAGUAAUUUGCAGCAGGACAAAGCUCUCCUGAGCUGUGCCUGCUGAUGGGGAGCAGAGCAAGCUGUAACCCACUGCCUUCCCAAAUUUGCUCUUCAAAGCCAGGGUCAGAAGUCAGCUCUGGCAGGAGUGAAUUCCCUUUUCCAUCCCUCCUGGUGCCACC